AUGUGGUUAAUGUUACAACAAGAGACACUAGAAGAAUUUGCUUGCUACAGCGUUCAAGAAGCUGUUGAAGCAGAAUUUCAGAAAAUUGGAAAAGAAAUUGUGUGUAAAAGAAAUUGGCAAAGAAAAAAUACUGGUAUUGUUCGUGUUACAGUUAAUGAAAAACAUUUUCGACCAACGGAAGUUGUAAAUCUUUUAAUUAAUAAUCCGAAAAAAGUUGAAGAAAAUCUUAAAUGGAAACCAAAAAUGACUUUUAAAAAAUUAGUUACAGAAAUGGUUGCCGCUGAUAUUGAACUUAUGCGAAAAGAUCCAACAGCUUAA